AUGACAGACCGGCAGGAGAAACCGAGCGGCAAAGAGACACCGACACCAACACCGACCCCGACCCCGGCACCGAAAGUUGCAUGUCCUGGCAGCGUCAGUGCCCGGGAUGAGAAAGAGAAGGAGCACGAAGGACCCAGCACUAGCACCAGCAACAGCAGCAGCAGCAGCGCUGCCGGAGCCAUGGCUCUGGCCAUGGGGGCCAGCACAUCGGCUGCGGCUGCCGCUGCCGCAGCCGCUGCUGCCGGUGGCAUACAGGAUGUGGAGCUGGACAGGGAGCUGGACAGAGAUCGAGACAGAGACUCUCAUGGCGACAGAUCCACACACAAGGAUGAGUUUGGCACACAGCGAGUCUACAAGAAGACCUCCCCGAAUUGCGUGCUCACAUUGUAUUUACCGACGCGGGAGAUAACGCUGACGGGCAACAGUCCAUCCAUAUUGCGCGGCAUUGUCUUUGUCGAUCCGAAGGCCAUACAAGGAUACCGAGUCUAUGCGCAGUUGACGUUGACAUUUCGCUAUGGCCGCGAGGACGAAGAGGUGAUGGGUCUGCGCUUCUGCAACGAGGCCAUCAUGUCGUUGCAUCAGAUUUGGCCGCGCAAUGAGGAACCAGCUCGCGAAUCGUUGAGUCCGCUACAGGAGGCUCUGGUAAAACGUCUCGGCGAUGGCGCCCAUCCAUUCACAUUAUCCUUGACAGCACAGGCGCCACCUAGCGUGCAAUUGGUGCCCGCUAAACGUUACUAUGGAGCCCCCAUUGGCACUAGCUACGACGUCCGCUGCUUUAUUGCGGACAAAACGGAUGAGAAAUUCCAUCGUCGCGCCUCUGUGAAGAUGGGUGUGCGUGUCAUUUAUAGGACCGAUGUCUUUCAGCAGCAUCUCGGAGCGGAAAACUUUGCCGCUCUUGGCCAGCAAGCACAGUCGCCGCCCACGAGCGCCACACCACCACUGGGCAACGAUGCGACCGCUGCUGAGCAGCAGCAUCCGCAGGCGGCACAGCAACCACCGCCACAGCCAAGUGGCAGCGGCAAGAGCAAGGUCAAGUCGGAGCGCGGCGAUUCGUUUCCCAAGCUGCGCCUCUCGCCCAAAUCUUUCCGCUUUAGCGGCCGCUUCGGGCGCAGCAAGAGCGAGAUUGAAAAGUGUCCCAAUGAUCCGUUUCACAACUACAGCAAAUCCUUUCAGGAGCAGUGCGACAGCGGCAGCAUGCUGCCGCCCAGCAGCGGCGCCGGCGUCACCGGCGGCAUUGGCGGCAUCAGCGUCGGCCCGUGCGGUGGCCCCCAAGGAGCCGUCGACAAGCCCUUCUUGCUACAGGACGGACGCGUCGGACUACGCGCCAGCUUGGACAAGGCCUGGUAUACACAUGGUGAGGAGGUCAACGUUACAGUGAACAUUCGCAACGACAGCCGCAAGACGGUGCGCAAAGUCCGAGUCUGCGCCAUUCAGCACGUCGACGUCUGCAUGUUUAACAAUGGCAAGUUCAAGAACGUUGUGGCCGAUUCGGACGCCGCCUCGCCAUUUAUUGACCGGACUGUGGCGCCGGGCGCAACACUCAACACCACCGUGGCAUUGCGUCCGCAACGAGGCCCCACCAAGAACUGGAUAGCAUUGGAGGAUACGCUGCAGCGAAGCACCGAGCCGGACGAGAUAACCGGCGCCAUAGCCGCCUCGGCCAUACGCUCACCCAACUUUGUGCUGCACGCUGCUCAGCUCUUGGCCGGCGGCAAUCAAUGUUCAAGUCCAGCCGUGGCCAUACCAACACCACCGGCCCCGCCAUCAUCGGGCAGCGCAGGCAAUGCCAGCGGCAAUUCUGGCUCCGCAGAUGAUCGAAACGUAUUCGCCAUCUACGUAUCGUACUAUGUGAAGGUGAAGCUUACGCUGAGCGGCAUGGGCGGCGAGUUGUCGCUAAAGCUGCCCUUUGUGCUUGUCCAUGUGGACGAGAGCCAGCGGCCGGGCUAUCAAUCGGCCACGCUCAGCGAGCUGCGCAUGGAGAAGCUGGCGCUGCAGGAUGUGCCAGCAAACCGAAAGAACGGCAACAAGUUGCGCACCGGCAAUGGGAACGAUACUGCGCUGGCCGAGAUCGAUGACGGGCCCUCCACAAGCGCCGCAGCUGCCGCGGCGGCAGCAGCCACCGCCUGCACCGGCGGCACACGCGUAGCACUGGAUCGCAUCGAGUCUGUCGAUGAUGAGUUCAACAUUCGUGUGCCCAUUCCGCCGGCUUCGCUCGUGCAACAGAAUAGCUCCAACAAGCGGCGGCUGCAGCGCAGCGAGACUUUGGCACGGGAUCUAGACGAGACAGAGGAGCAGUCCGUGGAGAUGGCCGGAGAGGGGGCAGCCGAGCUACAUGUGGUGGAGCUGCAUCCGUCAAAGGGGCAAAAGGGAAAGGCAAAGGACACCGAUGCGACUCAAGCAGGCGCAAGUAAGGCCGAGGAUGGAGAACACGGCCAAGGAGAAGGUGAGGGCCCACAGGUAGCCGCCGAGACUGGCGCUGUUCCCAAGACACCAGGUGUGUGA